AUGGAUGUCUUGCUAGACCAAGGACUUAUCCAAUCAGUAUCUCCCACAUCCCACCGUCGCCGCAUUGCCGAUGCCGUGGAAAUGGACGCGGCAGGUGCCUGGCUUACCCCUGGUCUGAUCGAUAUGCACACGCACCUGGGCGUGCUCGGCACGCCCUCGAUGCCAUCGAAUCAGGAUGUCAACUCGCAUCUAAGUCCGACACGCCCUAUGCUUCGAAGCAUUGAUGCAUUCAACGAGCACGACCAAAAUGUGCGCCGCACCCUCUCCGGCGGCGUCACAACUGCCCUUGUUUUGCCGGGAUCGCUGAACAAUAUCGGCGGCCAGGCGUACCCUGUGAAGCUUGGAUCGCUCGCUGGCCGCCCGCCUUCGUCGCGUGUCGUCGAUCCACCGCGCAGCAUGGUCAUGAAUGGCGAAGCAGGCCAUGCACGCGACGAAAUGUACGCAAAGAACACCGGCAUGCAGCGUCCAGAUGGCAGCACGUCGUUCCGGCAGAUCAAGAUGGCAUGCGGAGAAAACGCACGCAAGUACCAACUAGUGCGCAUGGACGAGGCAUGGAACUUCCGCAGCAUGCUGGAGCGUGCUCAGAAGCUCCGUGCACGCCAAGACGACUUUUGCUCGAGACUCGCGGCGGGCCAGCUUAACCGAGCGCCCCCGAGCGAACUGCACUUUCCGAACGAACAGGAGAUUGACGUGCUAGUCGAUGUGCUCCGCGGUCGCACCAAGGUCCAGACGCACUGCUAUACAAUGAACGAUCUUGAUGCGUUUGUGCGCCAUGCUAACGAGUUUCAAUUCCCGAUCGCUGCUUUCCACCACGCACAUGAGACGUACCUCGUGCCUUCGGUGCUACAUGGCGCACCCGGUGGCACGCCUGCAGCGGCAAUUUUCUCAACCAAUGCCAACUACAAGUACGAGUCGUACUUUGGUACACCGUUCCAGCCUGAGCUGCUCCGCACGCACAAUAUCACGCCGAUUAUCAAGAGUGACCACCCGGUCCUAGACUCGCGGCGCCUAUUGAACCAAGCCGCCCAGGCGCACCAUUUUGGCCUCCAAGAACUGGACGCUCUGCGUGCUGUGACAUCCGCGCCGGCUCAUGUUUUGGGUCUUGCUCACCGCCUUGGGCAUGUGCAGCCCGGCAUGGACGCGGACGUCGUGCUCUGGGACCGCCAUCCGCUCCAGCUUGGCGCCACGCCUACCGCUGUGUUUGUGGAUGGCCGCUCUGAAUUUGACAAGCUACAUCCCUCUGGUCCGACGCCCAGCGGCACCAAGCCACGGAAGGCGCCGCCUAUGGCGCAGUUCCGCGACGAAAUUGCCCGUGUGCGCAAUGAAUCAGACGCCAUUGCUGACCAGCGUGCUCUGGCCUUCCCGACGCCCUUGCAGCGCGUUCCUGACAUGGUGCUGCACAACUUGUCACAUGUGUAUAUUCGUGAUAUGGGCCGGAUCCGUCAGCAGAACGGAACAGAUCUCAUGCUGGUAUUCGCACAGGGCGAAGUCCUUUGCAUUGGCGGCAAGUCGUGCCUGGCAAGUGUGCCAGCGCAUGCGCACCAUAUGGAUACUCAGGGCGGUGUUGUUCUUCCAGGUCUAAUCUCCUAUGGCGCGAUGCUUGGCCUCAGCGAUAUCGUGAGUGAGACUAGCGCGUCCAAUGGCGAGGAUCCUGAUGCCAGCGUGCGUCCUGAGAGGCCGGCACCCGUGUCUUUCGCCGCCGAUGGCCUCGUACUUGGCGGGCACGACUUGCUCCGUGCGCAUGCCUCGGGUGUCUCGACGGUAGUCAAUGCGCCGCAGUUCGAGGGCCUCUUUGGCGGUGUCUCGGCCCAGUUUGAUACAGGCGCUCGCACUGUGCUCGACAAAAUGAGUAUACGCGCCUCCAGAGUAGCUAUGCAUGCCAAGCUGGCACCGAGUGACAACGGGCAGCCGGCGCUCUCGACGCAGGUGGCGCUCCUGCGAGCGCAACUCAACAACCCAGCGACUACAGAAUGGCAGCAGGUGGCUAGCGGGAAAUUACCGCUUGUGGUCGCUACGGACUACGAACAUAUGGUGGUCCAGAUGAUUCUGCUCAAGCGUGCGAUGCCCCAGGUGCGUCUCGUACUGGACUCGGCAGCCCCACUGCACCGCGUCGCGGCUGAGCUUGCCGCGGCUGACAUUCCUGUUCUGCUUCCGAACAGGGUGUGGAUAUACGGAUGGGAGCGCCGCGAUCGACUUGCCGGGCCGCCUGUCAGUGCAGCGACUGAGCUGGGCGUGCUGCUCCAGCACGGCGUGCGGGUGGGUGUACGCAUUGACGAGGGCUGGGAAGCCUCAAAUCUUCUAUGGGAGACAACAUGGGCCGCGCAGGAUGCACAUGUUACGGACGCUGCCACCAUUUUGUCGUGGCUAACCACCAAGUAA